CAGGCUUCAAGGGUCCCUGCUCUGCUUCUGCUCCUGCUCCUGACGCUCACCCUCACCCGACAGCGACAUGAAGGUCUCCGUGGCUGCCCUCGCCGUCCUGCUCAUCGCGGCCUUCUGCUCCCAGGCCUCCUCCGCCCCAAUUGGCUCCGACCCCCCGACUGCCUGCUGCUUUACCUACGCCUCUCGGAAGAUCCCGCGCACCUUGGUGGAGGAUUAUUAUGAUACCAACAGCAUGUGCUCCCAGCCUGCCAUUGUCUUCAUCACAAAGAAGGGCCGGGAGAUCUGUGCCAACCCCCAGGCGGACUGGGUCCAGGAGUAUGUGGCUUACUUGGAUCAGAACUGAGCGGAGCAGAGGACAGACCAGGGACCGAGCCUCACCCGGCAACGAAAGUGGGAACGUCCCAAGGCAGCUUCCUGCCGGUGCCACUUGCUGACUUAACGAAACAAACUCUGAAUGUAUUUAUUAUUAUUUCAAGCUAUUUAAGAUAUUUAAUUUGUACUUAAGCUGAGCUACACAGUGUACUGUGCGUUUGGGGGCUCAGGGGCAACCAUUAUUUAAUAUAUUGCAUAUUGAACGCAACGGUUCCUGUAAUGCUGAGUGAUGUGAUUGGAUGCACUGUUCAAUGUAGA